AAAAAAAAAAAAAGUUAAAAAAAGUCUUCAACUUGUUUUUCAAGAGAGACGAAAACACAGCGAAGCUGAAGAAAUGGAGCAACUAGCAAAACUCCUUCUGUGGCAGAUUUUGCUUCAGCAAAGUUCUGUUUAUUUAUAUUCAGUACCAGCUGAUGCCUCAAACCCAGACAGUGUUGUAGUGUCAGUGUUAAAUAUCAGUGCUACGUUGGGGUCACAGGCUGUCCUGCCCUGCAAGAGUUACCGCAUGGUGUGGACCCAGGAUCGUCUGAAUGACCGGCAGCGUGUAGUCCACUGGGAUAUGUACAGCAACUACUAUGGAGAUAACAAGAUGGAGAGGCUGUGUGACAUGUACUCAGCUGGAGAUCAGCGUGUAUACAGCUCCUAUAAUCAAGGGAGGAUAUUCAUGCCCCAGAAUGCAUUUACAGAUGGCAACUUCUCCUUGGUGAUCAAAGAUGUUGCAGAGAGUGAUGAAGGCACGUAUUCUUGUAAUCUUCACCAUCACUACUGCCACUUAUAUGAAACUGUGAAAAUCCAACUAGCUAUCACCAAGAAAGCUGAGGAUGCAAAACAGUACUGGGAUGGGGAAAAGCCUGUGAUCGUUGCCCUAGAAGGCAGCACUGUGAUGCUCCCCUGUGUGAACCAUAACCACAUCUGGACCGAACGGCACAGUGAAGAGGAACAACAAGUUGUCCACUGGGAUAGGCAGCCCCCAGGGGUUCCUCAUGACCGGGCUGAUCGCCUCAUUGAUCUGUACGCCUCUGGCGAGCGCCGUUCUUAUGGACCUCUCUUCAUUCGUCAGAAGAUGAACAUCACUGACACAGCCUUUGCCCUGGGUGACUUUUCCCUGCGGAUUUCAGAGCUGGAAAGUGCAGAUGAAGGCACUUACUCCUGCCACCUGCACCAUCACUACUGUGGCCUGCACGAGCGCAGGAUCUACCGAGUCUUCGUGACAGAGCCAGUGAGGGAGAAGAAGGUGGUGAACCUCACAACUCACAACAUUGCCCCAGCCAUAGAUCCAAAUGUUGUCAGGGGCCACAACGUAAUAAAUGUCAUCAUCCCCGAGAGCCGGGUGCACUUCUUCCAGCAGCUGGGCUACAUCCUGGCAACUCUGCUGCUCUUCAUUGUCCUCCUCAUCAUUGUUGUCCUCAUCACCCGCAAGCGCCGGCAGAGAGGUUAUGAAUACAACGUGAAGAAAUACGGAGAGAAGGAUGUAAAUCUUAAAGAAUUUACAGUCGACACAACAGAUCUGACUCAAUACAAAAGUGAAGACAUCAGGCUGGAUUACAAAAACAACAUCCUGAAGGAGAAGGCUGAGCAAGCCAGAAGCUUCCCAGCAAAGAACAUUGAUUUAGACAAAGAUUUCAGGAAGGAGUAUUGUAAAUGAAGACAUUCCCAAGCUGCUGGCUGGACCAGAAGCUUCAAUCAAAGAUAGAUAAAUGGAAGAGAGAUGCCUUUUCUUAAUAUCAUGUUCCUCCAGUUACCAUAGAUUUUUUUCACGUAGACUUUCUCCCCACUAAGCACAAGGGUAUUUGCAAAUGCUUCUUGAAAGAAUUAGACCAUCUCUCUUGUGUGCACUUAUGAUGGGUUUGGGUUGCCUUUUCUUUUCUGUUCUGCCAGUCCUCCAUUCACCUUUUCUUUCUUGAUAUUAUUGUUGGUUUUAUGCAUCAAUGAUUUUUAUGAGCUGAAUCAGCAGACCUUUUGCUUUGAUGUUACUGCUUUAAAUAAACCAACCUGCAUCACUAAUCUUGAGCCAUCAUUACAUCAGGCAUUUUUCCAUGUAGUGUAUUCAUCAGAAAAAUAAUAGCAAAGCCUGAUCUCUCAUAGGCUGGCAUAAAUCAGGAGGAGCAGUAUUGUCACAUAGCACUUUACAUAUUCCAGGUGAAGUACAAAGAGUACAGCCCUUCACAAAUGACAAACUAAAUACCUCAUUUUAUGAAUGGGGAAAUGUCAAUAUCCUUAUUGUACAGGGGAAAGGGAGGCACUCAAAUGACCCAAGGGUAGGGUUGGGAUCAGCUCCAAAGAGCUCUGGAAGCCUAACUCUGUAUUUCUCACCCUAAGCUUGUUUGUUGAUUUGUUUUUGUUUCAGUGCAGACCAAAUCAAAUUUGGCAUGAGCAGACACUUUCAGCUGAAGUUGAUGGAGUUACAGUGCUGUAAUACCAGUCUCAGUUAGAUCAGAACCAGAAAUAUUAUGGAGAGGGCUAAACUCCUGUGUGGAAUCUGGAAUGCGAUUUUCCUGCAGUCCUUGGGUGGAUCCAGGCCACACAGAGCUUGUGUGCACAUCAAAACAAAGGUAUGAUUACAGCACAGGUAGACAGAUUGUUAAAAGGAAUAGCUUCUCAUGAGCAGACCAUGAGGAACAAGAGUAACAACACACUCCACUAAAUAGCCUGCCAGGAAUUUUUGUGGGCCAGGGUCUCAAAAGGGGAGUCAAGGAGGGAGAAGAGUCCAUUCUUGUGGAUUUUGGCAUUGUUUUGGGGAGCAGAUACCUGAGAUAGUGGGGCUGUGGCCUGAAGGGGAGUUCUA